AUGGAUUAUCCGUUGUCCCUUGAGAAGUUGUCGCCAAAGUCCGUGGAUGAAGAAGAUGGUUCAUCACGUUCGAACGCAAAGGGGGAUAUGCAUGUAGUUUUAGUAUCAACUGGAAGCUUCAAUCCUCCUACAUUCAUGCAUUUACGCCUUUUUGACUUGGCGAGAGAUGCACUUAACUCAAAAGGGUUUCAUGUUGUUGGAGGUUAUAUGUCGCCUGUAAAUGAUGCAUAUAAGAUAAAGGGUCUCAUACCAGCUGAGCAUCGUAUCGCGAUGUGCCAACUAGCUUGCAAAAGUUCUGAAUUUAUAAUGGUUGAUAGCUGGGACUCUCACUCUCACUCUCUUUCUCUCUUUCUCUUACACACACACAUAUGCUACUAA